AUGAAACGACUGCCAUUUCUUCUACUCUGCAUGCUGUUCCAGCUGCUAGCCGGAACCGUCGAAGCGCUCAACGGGGCCGCCGGAGCAGAAACCACCUUUUUCUAUCAAGCCUAUCUGCUGGAAUUGGAGCAUGUCACAGACCUAACCCGUCGUGGGAUUGCCCCUGGGUGCCCUAUAUUAGAGGGAAAGACGAAGUGCAGCUUUGCCGAAUUUUUCCAGGAAAUCUUCAACAAUGCUGGAAACACGCCCCUUGUCGAUACAUCCAGGAAACUCCGAGAAGCAGGCUUUUACGCCCAUUACGAUCAAGAAAGACUCUAUCCGAAAGAAAAGAACACUCCAUCCGUGGCUGUCGCCAUCCGGGGAAUGAGAGGAAUCGCGACGGCUACCAAGAAGAAAGAUCAUCAGGACCAAAAGCGAAAAAUGAUCGAGGCAUUGGAGUUGGAGGGAGAAUUGCGGCGGGCGGACAACAUGAAAUUUUUCAUCCCUAAGCUGGAGCAAACAGCGGGGGUGAAGUUGGAAACGAAGCCAGCAACGACGUCCGAUGGGGUGGAAUAUACUACGUACGACGUGGAUGCAACGGCGGAAAAGAACAAGGGCGUCAAGGAUCUGGCGCAGAAAAUCAACACGGCAGCGGAGGCACUGCAUCUAAUCAACACCAUCACCGACCGACCGGAUUGGCACCGUGCCAUCUUUGACAAGCAAGUUAUCGCUCAAUGGCGAGAAGACGCUGUUGCAUCGUCGUCGUUGACCAAUGACAAAACGUGGGACUGGUGCUUGAAAGAGUUGCAAGACAAGGCUCGACAGUUCGACCGAGACGGUCGCUUGAUCGUCCUUAACACGAGUAGCGGUGUCUGUAAAUCCGAUACGGCAAUCUCUUCCGGUCUAAAGUCACAGCUGUCAAAUUCUUUCGAUCUGUUAUCUCAUCAAGCCAUUCAGCAGAAGUCAGAGUCAGCUGUGGUGAAUCUCGUCGACCCAUCUUUGUUUCCUCUUGUCUAUAGCAGAACGAAAGUCCUGACCGGAGGACAACCGUGCGGAAUGGACGAGAAUUCCUGGUCGUCACGUAGUAAAGAGUGCCCGAUCGUUUCGGAACACCCACAACUAGUGAAAGGGAGCUUAGCCUGGUCAUCGAGCUUCGGUCGGUACAUUUGGUCCUCGAAAUUUCAAUGGCUGCCAUGUGAAGUGGAAUUUACUGGUCCUCCUGGGUCUACGGAUGUUCGGAUUUCGUCUUAUAUCAACAAUCUUCAUCCGACGAACCGCGAGAUGUACUCCGCGAUCGAGGCCGUGAUCUCCGGCAGCAUCAAGCAGUGGAACGAGAUUUUGGUUCGCAACAAGUGGAGAGCGAUCAACCUUUUCCACAGGAAUUUGAACUCCUAUUCUCGUGGGCCCAUACGAAUCCGCACUUACGGAGUCGAGUGGAAAGCCCAGUUCCCCGAAUGGGCAAAAAGAUUACCCUACCAGGAAGACGAGGGCAAACUCUCGGUGGAGGAAUAUGAAGCCAUGUGUGCUCAAGUGGAGGCGUACCUUCAGGAACCUGAAUCCAAGGACAAGGUAUACUGGGAUCGGGUUAGAACGCAAAGGAUCCCGGAGGAUUGGAAGACCCGCUGGGGGCUGCUUCGCACAGCUUUGACCAAGUAUGCAUGCACAUUCGUCUUUGAGCACUCGGACCCAGGAACCGCGUACUCGUACGAGGACUGGAAAGCAGGGAGGACCGGGAAAUCAAUCGUUGGCCCGGCGCACUUCGAUCACGUUUGCCGUCCGGAUUUUGAACUGCAUAAAUUCUUUUACGCAAACCCUUGGUUGACACCCUACGAAUGGAUGUAUCAGCCAAAGGAAGAGGACCCCGACGAUCACCAGUUCUACACGCUUGCAUUGCAGGAUGAGUUUCGGGAACAGGGUCUCCAGAUUGUCGUCCAGAUCCACAGCAUCGAGCUAGGCCCUGAGACGCCAUCCUUCCCCGGCGAGGAGUGGCACACCGAAGGAAAUGCAAACGAACGUAUAGUUGCCAACGCCAUCUACGCGCUUGAUUCGGACAACAUAUCCGAGCCGCAAAUUAAAUUCCGGCAGAGGUGUGGACGAGGGGGCCGUACCUGGGUCUACGACCGAAUCGGCGCCGAUGAUUCGGACUACGAGGAAAGUGAUUUCGCAGGGGAUGAGGCUUCAAAUGAGAGAGAUGGCCUAAUCCUCAAACAUAACCUAUGGGACGUCAAGUAUAUAGGAAGGCUUUACGGAUUCGAGGACCUUCAGUAUGCUCCAGCCUGGCAACAGCUCGGGGAGGUGAAGAUACCUCCGGGCCGCCUGAUCUCCUUCCCCAACGCCUUCCAGCACCAAAUGGGCCCAUUGCAGCUUCAGGACAAUACCAAGCCCGGUCACUGCCGUUUUCUCACUUUGUCUCUUGUCGAUCCGACCUACCGGCUUUGCUCUACGCGGAACGUUCCACCCCAGCAGCCUGGUUGGAUCAAAGGCGAUGGGGCUGAGUCUGCAACGCCAAUUAAUCUGGGGGAGGCCCUCGAGCUGAGAGAGGAACUGGUCAAAGAGCACGCCAAGAAGGAUGAGGGUGUCUUUCGGCUUGCUUCAACUAUCUCGUUUUCUGGAUUUUCGUGA